AUCAUUGAUUCAAUGAUAAAAUCUUGCCUUCUAAAGGUGAAAUGCCAUAUUUACAUAAAUAUAAUGCAAAGAUGGAUUCCUUGUGUAUUUCAAUCCAAAGUUUGUUACUUCUCCCUGUUAAUUUCCAAUCUAAAAAUGCUCGUUGGAUCUAAUGCUUUGAUUGACACUUCCAGGUGCGUGAUCUUGUGGAAGCGUCAAAUAUGUAUGGCACUUUAAAUAACGUACUUGACGUUGAUGUCAAAAAUGACACAGUGAGAACACAAGGAAGCCUUUCAUGUAAUCUACGCAGAGUUAGGCAGGGUCUCGACCUCAUCAGAGCUAUAUUCGAAAAUUUUUUGUCUUCAGAGUAUUGCUCUUUAAAAGAAGCAGCCUCAGCAGCUUAUGCACAAGUUUGUGCACCAUACCAUACAUGGGCAGUCAGGACAGCAGUUUAUGCUGGAAUGUGUGCUCUCCCAACGUGGGAACAACUGCUGCUGAAGCUAAAUGAAAAUGGUGAGAUUGUGAUCCCUUUAUAGGCAGAAGUGAUAUGGUUUUGUGUCAUAAUUUGACCUGGACCAUUGUUAAAGUUUUGAAUUAAAUUCCACAAAUUAGGCCCUUUACUAGUACCGGAGCCGAAGUAAAUGAGCACACCAAAACAUGUUGACAGUAUUAAUAAUCAUUGAUAAAGCAUGCCACAGUAAAUAUGAAUACUGUGUGUGGAAAUUAUUGACUAAUGGGUCUAUAGUUAUUACUUUUAAAUACUUAAGGAAGUUAAGAUGGAUGAAAACACUAAUGAGAUUGUGUUUGUUGAAGUGUUGUAUAAACAACAUCACUAAUAUCAAAUUUUUCCUUUUCCCUUCCCCCUACAUUUCGAAGCACCAAAUGGGGCCGUUGAGAAAAAUGAAAAGAUGCUAUCUAGAAGUUUAUACCAGCAUGUCGUAAAACUUGUGGUGUUUACAACAUUCAAAUUGAUUAUACUUAUCAGAUGAAUAGUGUAUUCUAAAAUUAUUGAUGUUCUCAAUUUCUCCAUAUGCUUGUUGACAGUUUUUAUACAUUUAAAAUGAUAAUUGGGAAAAGAAAUCAAAGCUGAUUUUUAUCUUUCCAAAGAACUAUUAUUUCUUUUGACAGAAAUACCCUGUGCAUAGUAUACAAAAUGAUUGUUCCGAGACUUAAACUCAUAAUCUCAAAGAUUAUUAGACUAAGAUUUUAUCAUUGAAUCAAUGAUCACUGCUUAUGACUUUAAAAAUAUAAAAGCAAAAAAGAAUAUGAAAAAAUAUAAAUUAAAUUUUU